CCCACCACCCACCAUCAUUAUUACCAACCACUACCAACACCUCAACUACUACCUAGCUUGGAGUUGCCAUAUUUCUGUUCUUUAUUCAGAAUUGCAUUCUUAAUUGGAAAUCAUGUGUUAAUAUGGUUAUCAAUCUAUAGAAAAGGAGAGGAUUGUUUUGACAAGAUUGUCGACGGACAAACCAAACGUGUGUCUUCGCUGCUGCCGAGCCCAUUUCGAUUCAAUACGAUAGCUUCAUCGCGUAAAUAAUCCCGAGUGUACUUUGAAUAGACGAGGCUAGCAAAGCAACCUCAGGAGACGGCUGAGCUGUCAGAAACUUCGAUUGUAAUAGCGGGAUGUGAUGGCAGUCCAUACAGAGAACAUGUCUCCAGAGUCUUCUUCGUCCGUCUUCCCAGACCGGCCUAUCCGACCACUUCCUAAGCGCCGACUACGGGAGCGACUAUCGCCAGGUGUGGCCGACAGCAUUCAGUACCCGCCUGCGCCUCAGACUACAGCACCACUUUUCGUCUACCCCUACAAUACCAAGGAUGAUUUGGUGUCAUUAGGAGUCGAAUCCCCAAAUGUAGCACAUCGAGAGAAUGUAGCCGAGCUAGGCCAAGAAGCAAGCGUACGCAGAAAUGGAUUGGGUGCCGAAAACAAUAGCAAUUUGUUGAUUGGCCAGGCCCGCCGGACAUUUAUCUCGCGACCACUCCACGAUACUUCCGGAAACGCGACUCGUUCCCCUCUCCGACAAGGUCAACCUCGGCAACCGAACCCGCAAGCUCCACCUUCAACCGCAUCUUCUGCAGACGGUUAUGACUCCUUCGAAAAUAGUAACAAUAAGAAGAAGAGGAAAAUCCCAACUGCUGGCGAAACCAUUUUGAAUGGGACGCAUGUGCUGAAUGAGCUUGGAGCGCUAGGAGUGUCAUCACCUCCAUCAGCAGGCGAUGAAGGAUCUUUGGAUACGUCGGGAAUGACUGCAGCAUCAUAUUAUCAGUCAGGAGGUUCCGCUGUGAAUGGGCAAGGAAUAUCCGGACCCGGCAGAGGAAGGUACGGUCGAAUGCGCAAUGGCAGGAGCCCUUUGAGAGGAUUCUCAGAUCCUAACAGUAGUUUGGGAAGCCGGACCUCUACCAAGCUUAGACCUGGUGGUAUCCAGUAUCCAUCACCACCUGCCGCAGGAGAAAAUUCCGGAAUCAUCUCUAGUGCUAUUGCCAGUGCCGAGAAACUCGCAACACCGUCGGGCCAGGAGAAUAUUAGUCUUCUACAACAAGAAACCACUACAAAAUCUAGUCCAACAUCACAGUUUACAUUCACAUUCGAUUCUCAGAAUCCAGUUUCGUGGCCUGGAUCCGAUCCUACACCUUCUGACAUGGGUGGUUUAAAUCAUAUGCACCAGUCCUCUCUCUCAGCUGACUACCGAGAUCAAUACAAUGGUAUCAAACCCCGAGGCACUCAGAUUCACAAUAGCUCAGUACCCCCAUUGAUGGGAUCCGGGAGUUUGCAGUCGGGAGUCAAUACGAAUAGCGAAAGUGCAGCUAAGGGAACGACCCAAGCUAACGCACCGCCCAAGAAGCCGAAGCGUCGUGUAAAUUCACUUGUACAGGCUGCCAAACAGCGCCGUCGAGAGACCGAGUAUCAGAACUACCACCAUCCUCCAGCGCCUGAGGAUAUCUGGAUCUGUGAGUUCUGCGAAUAUGAGCGAAUCUUCGGCCGUGCCCCUGAGGCCUUGAUUCGGCAGUAUGAAAUCAAGGACCGGCGACGACGUCGAGAAGAAGCUGAACGACGCAGGCUGCUAGAGAAGGCAAAAAUGAAGUCGCGCAAGGGCAAGAGGGCGAACAGAGUACCUGCUAAGAACAACUCAAACGCUCCUGAUCGGCACAAUGCAUCUUCUUCUGGGCAGCAAGGUCAGCCAUCCCAGGAAGAUCAGACUCCACACCAAGACCAGGAGGAAAAUGGAUAUGACUCCGAGGAUCACUGUGAACAUCAGAGUCCGAACGGAGGCAUACCUCGGCUGAUUCCCACCAUCGUACAUACGCGCGAUAGUAUAAGCGUUGGAGUAAGUGGUGUCGGACCAAACGGAUGUUUUAGUCAUUGACCAAUGUCUGGCUACGAUCCUAAGUUUGUCGGUCUGUUGGACAAUCCAGUGGCCUAGCAUUAGCAUCAUGCGUUUGGCACUGCCUUCUCUAAUUUGCAUUUUCGGAUCCCUCCAUUUGCAUCAAGUCUUGAAAGCUUCUGGUGAG